AAGCUGAUGAAAGCCGCAAUUACAUUUGCUGAUAAUGUUUAAUUCCCUAUAAAUGCUGGAAGUGUUAAUACAAAAUCAACAUUUUAGGAAAUACUUCCUAAAUCUAGCAGAAGAAGCAAAGUAAUAAGAAUUCGUAUGUCACCACUGGACUGAAGAAGACAACAAUGCGAUGCCCCAAGGACGUACACCAGAGGAUGAAAGACAAUAUUGUGAAGAUGUCUUAGGUUAUGUGUUUACACAAGGAGAAAAUGAAUUCUAUCCAAAAUGUGGACAAUGCUGGUGCUGUAAACCAGAUGGAGAGGAACUUCUGGUUAAUGAAAGUUUGGUAUGCUACCACUGGACUGAAGAAGACAACAACGCGAUGCCCCAAGGUCGUACAGCAGAGGAUGAAAGAUAUUAUUGUGAAGAUGUUUUAGGCUAUACGUUUUCAAAAGGAGAAAAUGUAAACUACCCGAACUGCGGGAUAUGUUGGUGUUGUAGACCAAAAGUCUUUCCAGCUUUGCUGGUGGAUGGAGGCCUACGUGGCCUUCCGUGUAUUAUAUCAUGCACGAACGGGAACCUGAAUAGAACCUCCGACCUUCCGUAA